AUGCAACCUCGUAAAUGUUCGGCUCUGUAUUCUCUCUCAAAAAGUCCUCCUCCUCUCCACUUUCUGAUGCCACUUGGCUGUCCCUUCCAGCCGUUCAAACGGCUUCGCGUCGAUAACCGCGCUCAACUGGUCAGCAACAAGUUGAAACUCGUCACUCUUGACGAGAAUACGAAUGUGUGCAACUCCUCGGGCACCAGAAGGCUCGACGACGAUUCGUUCAACCCCGCUUCACCCGCAACUGCCGAUCCGUCACAUCCCCGCAAAAGAAGGGCAAAAGACCGUGGUUUUCCGCCGGCGCGCUGAUAACCCACUCAAGCUUCACCCCAUCUUCCCUUGUGCGCCCGCCACCAACUUCUUCGUUGUACAACUUUGUCUCCCGCCUCCACCGGCCGUUGAUCACAUCCGAAAUUCGUUGCGGGCCUUCAUCAAGAAUACCAUUCCCCAGGAAAGCAUAGUCGAUCCAACCCGGAGCACGGGCUGCCCAUUUGUGCUGGUGCCGCGGCGACGAAGGUGGGUAAGAGUCUGCUGGGUGGGUGAACGAGAGGAGCUCAAGAUAUGUAUGGUCGUCAAUGAUCUAGAAACCAUGUCAUCCAUGUCCUCCUUUAUUACUGUCCCCCAACGCUUACAACCAGCGCAUUUGCUGUGA